CACUACUACUCUCACAGUAUUCUUCAGUCCCAUCAAACGCAGGCGUUUUAACAGCUCUUUCUAUCUUCUACUGCAAUCAUGGAGGCCAAGGAGGAAGAUGUGAGCUUGGGAGCCAACAAGUUCCCGGAGAGACAGCCCAUCGGAACCGCCGCUCAGACCCAUGACGACGGCAAGGACUACAAGGAGCCUCCCCCUGCGCCUCUUUUCGAGCCCGGCGAGCUGACGUCAUGGUCCUUUUACAGAGCCGGGAUCGCCGAGUUCGUCGCCACCUUUCUGUUUCUCUACAUCACCGUCUUGACUGUGAUGGGAGUCUUGAAGGGUGAGACAAAGUGCCAAACAGUAGGUAUUCAAGGGAUCGCUUGGGCUUUUGGUGGAAUGAUCUUCGCCUUGGUUUACUGUACCGCCGGAAUAUCAGGAGGCCACAUCAACCCGGCUGUGACCUUCGGGCUUUUCUUGGCCCGGAAGCUGUCCUUGACAAGGGCUGUGUUCUACAUCAUCAUGCAGACCCUUGGCGCCAUAGCCGGAGCCGCCGUGGUGAAAGCUUUCGAGCACAAGAACCACUUCUUUGAGAUGAACGGUGGUGGCGCCAACAGUGUAAACCCUGGCUACUCCAAGGGCAGUGGUCUUGGUGCUGAAAUUGUUGGCACCUUCGUCCUUGUCUACACCGUCUUCUCCGCCACUGACGCCAAGCGUAGCGCCAGAGACUCCCAUGUUCCGAUUUUGGCCCCGUUGCCUAUUGGGUUCGCCGUAUUCUUGGUGCACUUGGCUACCAUCCCCAUCACCGGAACAGGUAUUAACCCAGCUAGGAGUCUUGGAGCAGCCAUCAUCUACAACAAGAGCAAAGCCUGGGAUGACCAUUGGAUCUUCUGGGUUGGACCAUUCAUUGGAGCAGCACUUGCAGCUUUGUACCACGUGGUUGUGAUCAGGGCCAUUCCCUUCAAGAACAAGUGAAUGCCAGCUUUGUACCUUUGAACUAUCUAUAUUGGUUUUAAUUUAAGUUUACUAAGCAAAAAUUGUAAUAUUAUCCGGUUCUUCUUCUUCUUCUAGAUAGGCCUUGUUUGCACUCUCUUUUUUAGGCAAAGGGGCAUGGCUUUAUGUGAAUGAUCAUUGUAUGUAUUGGCUGUGAAUUUGUGUAUUGUCAAUUCAGAAAUAACACCCACCAUUUUCCAAAAUCUCA